CGCCUCCUCCUCCUCCUCCCCGCCGCCCCCUCUCUCCCUCUCCCCCGCCGCCGGGGUGGGAGUGCCGGAGGAUGGAGCGCGGGGGGCGGCCGAGCCGGGAUGCCCAGCCUGGCAGGCAGGCGGUGGCAGCGGCGGCGCAGGAGGAGCGGCAGCCCCGCUGAGGGUGGCCGCCCGGGCAGCCGGAGCGCGCAGCAUGCUGUGCGCCGCAGUCUCCCGCAGGAGCCGGAGAAGCUUCAGGGCUCGUUUGCAGCAGCAGCAUCUCUGGGUAAGCAAAUGGAGAAAGGAAGGUUGCCAAGAGAUUAUUUAAAAGCCUAAGCUGAGGAAGAGGGAGAAACAGCUCCAUGCCCUGCUGGGCACCAGGUGGACAAAGCUAUUGAAGAUCUGAGUGGAAGCUGUGUACACAGUGGGGAGUGAGAGACCGUGUGGGCCACCCAAGCUGCCGCUAUCCCCUGGAUGUGCAGCCAUCUCCUUGGCAACUGCAAGGAGAAGGCCUUCUUGGAGACCAGCCCCAAGAUGGGACGCAACAGCAGCACCUUUCCAGAUACUGACAAGGUGGUGAGAGGAUGUAAUUCCUUAUGACCAAGGAUGGCCUUGCUCUAGUGUAGGAUCCUUUCUCCUCCUCCUGAUAUAACAUGGUUGAAGUUCAUGCUAUGGAGUAAAGACCGCCAUGAUGAUCUACUUUGUGUUUUGUGUCCCUUUCCUCUCCCCUCUUUCCCUCCCUCUCUGAAGGGAAGUUAUUUAGACAGCAAUGACAGCCUAGUUUUCUGUGGAAAAAAACAUUUGUGGGAACAUCUGAUCUGAUCUUAAACAGGGAGGGUGUCUGCUCAUGACCUCCACAGACUACUUUUGUUCUACGUCCAGAGCUUCGGAGAUCCAAAAAAGCUGGGCUUUGUGGUUGUGGAUGCAAGAAAAGCCCAAAGGAACUGGUAGGCCAAUGCUGCACCACUCUCCAUAGCUGUUGAAUUACCACAACAAAGUGAGUCUCUGCAGCUUUCAGAGAACUCUUGAGAGUGCCCUGUGGAAGCUUCAAGGAGCUGAACCUCUUGCCAUCUGCGACCUCUUCACUUACAGUGUGCUCUAUGCUCGCUUUCUGCCAUUACAGAGACUGUAGACGGUGCACUGUCAAUUCCAACCAGGCAGGUGGACAACCUCCUGAGGUGCAGCCACCAUUGCCCUGGUGACCCUUCCCACACCCUCCCCUUUUCUCUCAUGCCCACCAUGAAGUUUUCCUUGCGCUUCUGGUUCCUGUCCACUGCUUUUUUGCUGGUUUUCAUCAUGUCCCUCCUCUUCACCUACUCCCACCACAGCAUCGCCUACCUGGACCCCAAUGGGUUCAAUGACAUCCAUCGGGUGAAGUUGGUGCCUGGCUACGCAGGGAUGCAGCGCCUCAGCAAGGAAGGGCUCUUCAUGAGGGGCUGUUCCUGCCACAGGUGCAUGGUGGAGCCAGCCAAUUCGGAGUGGUUUGACAGCCGCUAUGAUAAGCGCAUCUCUCCGGUGUGGACCAGGGAGAACAUGGACUUGCCGCUGGAUGUCCAGCAGUGGUGGAUGAUGUUGCAGCCCCAGUUUAAGUCCCACAACCUUAACGAAGUCUUGGGCAAGCUUUUCCAGAUUGUCCCUGGAGAGAACCCAUACGGCUCCCGAGAUUCCCAGAAGUGCCGACGCUGCGCCGUGGUGGGCAACUCUGGCAACUUGAGAGGUUCUGGCUAUGGCAGGGAAAUCAAUGGCCAUGACUUCAUCAUGAGAAUGAACCAGGCCCCCACAGUGGGCUUCGAAGCAGAUGUCGGCAGCAGGACAACCCAUCACUUCAUGUACCCAGAGAGCGCCAAGAACUUGCCAGCCAACGUCAGCUUUGUUCUCGUGCCCUUCAAAGCUCUGGACCUGCUGUGGAUUGCAAGUGCCCUGUCAACCGGCCAGAUCCGAUUCACCUAUGCGCCUGUGAAGCCCUUCCUUCGUGUGGACAAAGAGAGGGUUCAAAUUUAUAAUCCAGCGUUCUUCAAAUACAUCCAUGACCGGUGGACAGAACACCAUGGUCGCUACCCCUCUACAGGGAUGUUGGUGCUGUUCUUUGCGUUACAUGUUUGCGACGAGGUGAAUGUCUUUGGAUUUGGGGCAGACAGCCACGGCAACUGGCACCACUACUGGGAGAACAAUCGUUAUGCAGGGGAGUUUCGGAAAACCGGAGUGCAUGAUGCUGAUUUUGAGGCUGGUAUCAUUGAUAUGCUGGAGAAGACAAGCAAGAUUGAUGUUUAUCGUGGCAACUAAUCCCUUGAACGUGCAUCUUCCAGCUUUUGCCUUCUGUGGAUGGGCCAGUUAUGAUAGCUUGCUUCCUCUGGGAGGGGGGGCGUGAUUUGGCUGCUGGAUUGCCUCCCCCCCAGCCCAAUGAGAGGAACCCCUGCGUUACCUGCAUCCCAAGAAGAGCCCAAGGAGAAAACUGGAAUAUUUUGCUCCUGAAAGCAAUCAUAGCAAGGGAGCUUUUAUUGAAAAAGGGUAAAAAAACAGAAUGUUUUUUCCCCCAAAUUGAACAGAUUUACAAACGAAUUGAGUUUUGCGAUCAAGUGGCAAGCUUCCAGCUCCUACGUCAUGAAUCAAAAUCAAAUGCUGCACUUUUUUUUGUCUUUGAAUGGGGAUAAAAAGCAGGAACACACAGAGCAGCCCAAGAGGCGGGAGAGGAAGAUUAGCCAGCUGUCAAUCAGAUUUCUUGAUAAAACAACAGUUGCUUCCCACUUUCACCCAGGGAAUUUAUUUUGUAACAAUCAGGUUCCAAACACAGAACAGCUUUUAUCAUGUUUGUGGUUACAAUCACGUGAACUUCAGAAGUAGUUCGCUUAUGAGGGCCAAGUGUUCUGCUUACUGGAAGAUUUGUUUGUCUGCAGGGACAAAUGGGAGUGGAAGAACUCUGUCCUAGAUGUGGAGAGGCUGCGGGCAGGUAGCAAAGUGGCUGCUGAAAGCGAGGAAGAAGAGGUGCCCAACCUGGGACUGAGGAGGACACCAUGCCAAAGGCACUGAAAUUGGUAGAUCCUGUGACUUUUGAACCCUUCUCCCAUUCCCACCCACUUUCAAGAUGGGAAAGUGGUUUGAGCGAAAGGGGAAUCUUUCUUGUCUUGGCAAAUAAUUUCUUUGUGUUUAUCCCAUAAUCAAAGCAGGGUUUGUUUUCUUCCUCUACCUCUACCUUUUUGGUCCUGCUCUUUUGCUCAGAUAGUUCCUGGGGAGGUGAUUGAUGUGUCAUAAGGAAGGAAGGCUCCAGUAAGCUGCCUUCUGAUAGCUUAAGACCCCUGAUUUGUGCCCAACUGAAGAGCUUAUUCCCUCCUCAGAGACUUCCUCCAGUGAUGUGAUAGGUUAGAGGUGCUAGCAAUUCUGCCUGGAGCCAUGAUUUGGGAUUUCUAUUUUGGUCCCUUCUUCCUCUUGCAUCGGUAGCCGUCUCCAGCUCGUUGGCAUUUAUUUUAGGGAGGGAGAUGAAUCUGGGGUGAAGUUUCUUAUUUUCAACCUGGAGAAGAAAAGAGAGUAAUACAAUUCGGCUUACAAAUGGGGAGGGCUUCAUUGUCUCUUUAGUGAAGGCAGACGGUGGAACCAGAAAAAUAAGAAAAGGUUGGACUGGAUGUGCUCUCGUCUCCCUGUUGUUUUUUUGUCUCGUUUUUAAUUGAAGAGAAGAGCCAGGAUAAUUCAAUGAAUCUUUUAAGUGCAAUCAUGCCAAACAGUAUUAAACAAGUAUUUCUUCUGUAAGAAAAUGUAGCUGAAUUGAGGCAGCCGGGGGAAGCACAUAAUUGGUCCAGGAGGAGGCUCUGAUUCCUGUUGCAGUGGGGACUUAAACCUCUUGGAGGAGCGUGUGUGUUAAUCUCGUCUCCAAUUUCUAUCUCAGACGUCACCUUUUGGGCUUUCUUCAUCAGUAACUAACUCUUAAAGGAUUAGGCCCAUCCUGGCGGUCAGCCAAAACCCUCCUGCCUUGUUUUUAUGCCUCUCCAUUAAGUCUGGAGGAAGAUGACAAAGAUCUGUGAGAAUGUUUAUUUUAACAGGAACCAUGGAAACAGUCUGCUGAUGCCCUUAAGGCAGUCCUGCAAGAUGGUUGCCGGGAAGCCAUCUGGGAGGGUUCAGGAUUGGCCAGAGUAACUUUCAGAGGGUCACGCUGACGCCCCGGCAUCUCAGCUGCAGCUUUUAAAAAUGGGCAAGUCCCUCAUUGAACUGCAUGAACAAGAAUGUGCUUCUCACACUUCCUUUCCACAAAUCAGGUGAAGAGACAGGCGCCUCUUUAAUUUUUCUUCCUUUCCCCCCUCUUUUUGCCAAUAAGGUUCCAAAAUAUCUGGGCUGUGGUGGGGUGGGGUGGGCAGGGGCAAGCCAAUCCCAAGCAACAAAUAGUGCCUUGACUUGCGCUGUCUGCUACAUUCGAUUCUUGCUCCAGACCUUCACAGGUGUGUUUGUGAUUUCUGUCCAUACAGCUUGGCUAUUUGGGCAGCUGCUCCUUUCUUGUUUUCCAUGUUGGGGGUUUUCUCUUUUUAAAGGGAGGGUAGGUGGGGUUGGCUGACCUGUAUUGCGAUGGUUUUAAGUUUCCAGUUUUCACAAGGAGAGAGGAGCUUUUGUACAGCAUUCCCUAUGUGGCUUCUCCAUAGCAGUAGGGAUGGGACAAUCAGAAAGAGAGCCACAAGAGACGUUCCAGACCAUUCAGUGUUGAGGCCACGUGGCCAGCGCAAGAUUCUCAUUCUCACUGUGUCGCCUGGAACUGCCAGCCAUUUCCCUCCCUCCUCCUAUUGCAUGGAGAGCCAGGCUCUGCCUGGUCAUUAAACCCUGCUUGGAGCAUGCUGAAACAAAGGGCCUGCAGAGACAGGAUUGCAGGGAAUCUGUGGGCAAAUCCACAAAAAUUGUUGGGUUGUACCUGAGGACACUCGUUUGCAGAGGCAACAAGCAAGAACAGUGCAGGGGAGUUGCUCCACCCUGUUCCAGCAUACAGGGAACUUGCCAGGAAGAGAGCAUUAAAGGCCAAGAAGUCUUGAAGGCGAGCUAGAGUCGAUGUAGGUGAGUGGUAAUUGGAAUCUACUAUGAGCUAGAGAACCAUAGGUGAGGAGGUAGAGGACAAAGGAGCAGCCUCACCUGGUUGCUUUGAAGACCAGGAGUUAACCCUUUCAUCUCAUGCUUAUUUUCCUGAGGUGAACCCCUUCCUAUUUGUAUCGCUUCAUAGGGAAAGGUAGGCAACUCUUCCACUCUGUGAAGCUAGUUUCAGCUUGGCGGAGAGCUUCGAGACAUCCGAUUGGGACUACUCCUCAGUUGUGAUGGGGAGAGCCUUCCACAAGAGCUCCCAAGUAUGGAUCUCCAAGAUCCCAUCUCAUUUUGGAGCGAUAUCACUGGAAACUUAAACUAGGCCCUUCUCCAAUAGCUGGCUGUUUGCCCAGAUUGCUUGGUUUCAGUAUUGUGCAGAGAACAUCUCCCAUCAACUCUGGAGGAAUGAAACGUCCCUCUCUUCCAUAGGACCUGUGGAGGGAUGUCUGACAGUCAGCAGCAGCCUACAAGCAUAGCCAACAUGUCCAUAAGUCAGAAUAAAAAACACAUCCUGGGCAUUUUGUUGGCCAAGUGCUACCAUGUUUCCUGUCAGGCGUUCCAUUGCUGAGUCCCCUUUCAGCUCUGAUUCCAUCACCACUGCACAGUUCCUCUGGAUCCAGAAACACAAGCAUCUGCCUGGGUGAAGAGUUGCUUAGGACCUGCAGGAUGCGUGCCUCAUGUCCCUUUGGGCCUCAAGGCUGUAGCCAGGAGGGAACUUUACCUGGUGGUUGCCAGCAAAGCUCAGGAAUGGCUGGCUGUGAGCUGAAUUGAGACUGCCAUUGUAAAAGGCUCAGGCGGGACACGGUGUAGAC